CUUCGAUAUCACUUCACAAUGGGUAUCAUCUCAGCGGAAGCAGAAAGGAGUACUUCUCAUAUACAUAUAUUCUCCAUCGGAAUUCUCAUUCUUUCCAUAGCAGCCGCGCUUCACAUCACAUAUUCGUUAUGCUUCUCCCCCUACUGCCAUAUUCCGGGCCCAUGGAUCUGUAAGAUCACAAGCCUUUUCACAACAUAUCACGACGUCAGACUACAAAGAACAUGCAAGAUCCACGAAUGGCACAACAAGUACGGACCCGUCGUCCUCAUCGCGCCAGGCGAGGUCUCAUUCUCGGGCCCUUCUGCCACGCGUGAAAUCUACGGCGCCACCGGCCGUCACCCCAAGAGCCGAUAUUUCGACAACUUCCUCUCCUACGGCGGCGAGCGAGCCACAUUCAACGCGCUUGACUACCAUGAACAUAGAGAGCGGCGAAAACAGAGUUUCGCCUUCUUCCAGGUCACUACAAUAUACACCCCUACAUUCAUCGAUCCGGUGCGGUCUCGGGCCCUUGCUUUCGUAAACCAGAUCAACCGCGAUAUACAUGUCACGUCUACCAUAGACCUGUUCUAUCGCAUCAAUCUUUAUGCAUUCGACAACGUUACCAAGCUGCUCUUUGGUUCAAAGCACAGCACGACUACCGUGGACACACCAUCAUGCCCGGAACGUUCUAUGCUAGAAGGACUUAAGGACUGUGAGAUGUGGAACACGCUGCUUUUCAACGUUCCCUGGGCGCACCGCCUCGCCCGGGCCGUCUUGAACCGCCUCCGUAGUGACGACCACUUCCUGUCCGCGGAAGAGAACCUGACCGAGUGGUGCACGGCUCGAAUUACGUCGACGAUGCGCGACACCAGAGCCCACCAGGAUGGAAGUGACGAUCAUCUUGUAAAGCGACUGAACCUCUAUAGGACCAAGAUGGGCGAGCCACUUCGCACCUCCUGGGUCUAUGCCGAAGUUCUCGACAACAUCAGCGCAGCACAGGCCACGGUCACAGUCGCGUUGACGUAUGUGCUGUGGAAUCUUGCACAUAACAGCAGUUGGCAGGAUUGCAUUAGAGAAGAGCUUUCCCAGCUGCCCUGUCAAGACGACGGGUUCCCCUCCUUCGCAGAUAUAAACGCCGCUCCCGUCCUCGACGCGUGUAUCAAGGAGUCCUACCGGCUCAAUCCGCUAUCGAGCGGACGGGCCGAGAGGGUUGUUCCUGUCGGAAAGGAAUACGAUGGAGUAUUCGUGCAUCCCGGGACUAUUGUUUCCACAUCGACCGUGGCCAUACAACAUACCCCCUCGGUUUUCCCUUCGCCCCAGGUGUACAACCCGGGCAGGUGGCUUCAAGCAGGUCCGGAGCGCUUGCGUGUUAUGCAGGCUCAUUACAUCCCUUUCGGCUAUGGGGCCCGUCGCUGCCUCGGUGAACAUUUUGCCACCCUUGAGGUCAAGCUUUUGGUAGCAUUCUUGUUGCUGCGGUACUCGAUCAGCGAGGAACCGGCGGGCCGGACGAACGUCGAGACUAUGAAGCAGCUCGGUACGCAGGAUGCACUGCCGAAAGGGCUGUGCUGUGAUGUAUUGGUUCAACCAUUGAAUGAUAACUAG